AUGGGAACCGUGUCGCACAGAAAAUACAUAAAAUGGCACCCGGAUGAGGCCUCUGAGCCGACGUCCACGGUGGUGCUCACGUCACCGGAGAAUCGCUUCGUCGAUCUGCGCAUCCUUCUGCCGCCUGGCGGCUCGGAUAAAUUAAGCCAAGACCCAAGUUCGUUCCUGUCCUCGUCCUGGAUUCCCCAAAACCCCCCUCAGCGCGCACCCGCUACCGCUGUCGUCGUUUUUCUUUUCCCUUCCCUACUCCUGCCCCCCCCAUCCUCCUCUUCCCCCCGUUUUCCUUACCUUUCCCCUGCCCUCCUCCUUGUCUCCUGGCUAACAUUCAGCGAACCCACCACAGCCGGUCAGCUGCCCCUCGACCGGCUCGACUGGGCCAUCGCCGGCACCACCUCCUCCGAGGCGGCCACGGCGCCGACCGGGGAGGCCAUCCGGCGCGCCACCUUCCGGCACUGGGUGAGCUCGCGCCACGCGGACCCGCGCGGCGUGUCCGACGUGGGCGACAUGUACCCGCAGCACGGCUCCAGCACGACGCUGGAGCGCGGCGUCAUGGUGAACCCGGCGACGGGCCUGCCCACGCCGUACGACGAGCUGUGGACGGACCUGCUGGCGCCGACGAGUGACCCCAUCGCGGUGCUGCGCGUGGAUCAGGAUGGCGGGGGCCCGCGGGGCAUGGUGAUUUGGAUCGGGACGCUGUGUCAGGCGCUGGUGCGUGACGGGGAGAGCAUCUCGCUGGAGCGCUGGGAGAAGAGCGAGGCGAGCGUGGGCGAUGACGAUGAUGAUGAGGCGGUGGUGGAUGAGGGGGCGUGGACGAGGACGGUGAGGAUGGGGGACAGGGAGCUCCCGUGCGAGGAAAUCCUGACGGGCAAGGUGAUGCUGGAAAAGGAUGGCGUCGUCGCGUGCCAGGGAGACAUGUGGGAGGUGGUCGAGCUGCACCGGUGA